GGCAUCGCCGUCUGCGAAGAAAUGACAGUUUUAGAAUGAAGGAAAUGAACUGAUAAAAUAGAUUAUCGUUUUAAUUUGUUGUUUAAUUUAUUUGAUUUUUAUUGCUAAAAAAGGUUUCGUGCAAAAAUGUUUUUUUCACUAUGGAUUACAAAUAAUUAAAAGUGAACAAAAAGUUAUCAGAUGUUCUUUAGAUUGCAAAGUGCCUGUUAAAGUGUUAUCUAUCACUAUUUAUGUUUUUGUAUCAGUGAAAUAAAAAUUGUUUUCUUUUGUAAACAUGAUGGACAGCAAAGCGUUGACCAUGGCACCCGCCAAUGGUUUGAUAGACAAAUCUAAGGAGCUACAAAAAGAGAUACUCAUGGAAAAGUUAAGGUCUAAAACAUCACAGUACAAAAAUUUGACUGAUACGUCCAAAGCUGUACGCAUGGCCUUACUGGAUAAAAGAUGGGCAGUGGAUAGUGCUGAUCGAAUGAUCCUGCAAAAAUGCCUUGAUAGUUUGCAGCACUGCAUUAAGAUUACUUCACUACAAAGUUUAAUUGAAAGACUUGAAUGUCUAUCACGGCAAUUAGGCUUAAAGUUUGUAGUUGGGACAUCAGGAGUGAAUCUGUUUAUAUCUUCAGACAUGUUCUAUUUGGAAAUAUUGGUAGAAUCUUCUGGCUCAAUUAAAGAUGUCAAAAUCCAUCAUGAAGGAAAGAUUGAGCAACAAAGCUGUGAAGAGUUGGUGUCAUGUAUCUCCCACGGCGAUUUUGCAGAUUUUACUGCCCAACUCGAAGGCCUUACUGCUGUAUAUCAAUUAAAUGCUGAGAAAAAAGUGAAGUGUAAAGCUUUUAGUGCACUUCAAAGCUUGGAAGAAGAUCUUUGUACCUUGCGGCAGCUGCAGAGCUUCAUAAAAGACCCUUGGGCUCAAGUACAUAAAAGCCCAAUAGGAUUCCUCCAAAAACGACGUGGAGGUCAUGCAAUGCGUCUUACGUAUUUUGUAUCACCUUAUGAGUUGCUAGACAAGGACAAAGGUCUUCAACCAUUGACAGCAGAUCUGUUGACAACUGGUAAGCCAUCCAGUUCAAGCGGGCUGGCAUCUCUUGUAGCUCCAUCUCAUACACCAAUUGGACAUUCAGCUACUGUAUUGCUGGAGGGAUCAACAGCUAAUAAAUUACAGCUGUCACCUAUAAUAUCUGGAGGACAAAGACCUGGGAAAACGAACGGGCCAGUAUAUGCUCCCCUAGUGCCUCAAAAUAGCGCCAUGUUGCCAGCAUGUUUCACACUCAAGCUUUCUCAACCCACUCCACUUUGUGCUGGACUCUCCAAGCUUAUAAAUGCUACAACUGAGGUUGAAAUAGCUGGAGAUUGGGCGAAUGCAAAACCAAUGUUAGGGCUUGUAGCUCAACAGGCUUACAAUAAAUUAGCACCUGGAAAAACCAUUGAAUUGAAUCUCAGCAAGGGACUUUUUGUGAAUCUGCCCGAGCAAACUCAAUGUUACUUUUUGUGUGAGACGCGAGGACUCGAGGGUUGUAUAGUGACUAGUGUACCCUUCACGCAUCCAUCGCAUGUGCCCCCGUUACUGGCAUGUUUGAGACAACAAGCUUUAUUCAACGCGCUGAUUGCUAGCUGUGUGCGACUGCAGACCAAGCAAGUCGUAGACUUAGAAAGCGUGCUGAUGUUCGAAGUGAGUGCUCUAUCGUGGCAGCACAUUUCCAUAUCACUGGAGCAUCCGUUAGAUGAGAGUAUGGCGACGGUAGAACUAGAGUUGUCAGAUCCAGCAGCGCCGCGGGCAUCAGUAUACUCGCUCAACUCGCCGCCUAGAGAACAGAUCGAUGACUAUAUCAGCCGGGUACUACAGAAGAGUCACUCCAUACCGAUCACUUUAAGAUCACUGGUGAAGAUUUGGGAACGCGAAGCCGCAACAAAACAGAUGAACGGAGGUUACUCGGCGCUGGAUUCAAAUUUUAGCUGCGGCCUGGGGGGCAUCGACCCCGGGGGUGACCACAUCAAGCACGAACCCGGGACAAUGCACGGCCGAGCUCUCUACCCCUCCAACGUUAACCAUCCGCAUCAAGGCGGAGCUUAUCUAUCUGAACAACAACACCAUCUCUCAAUGAUGUGCCAAGAUCCCAGCGCUGGCGACAAAAAUCUCCAAAAUGUCGAAGAGCGAAAGUCAAAAAAGAGAAAAUCCGACAGUGACAUUUGGUCGUCGUCCCAAAAGAAAGGCAAACCGGGCCUCAGUGAAAUGCCCGACUCUGAAAGCGACAGUGACAACUCCGACGGUUACGUUAAUGAAGAUGAGAAUACAAUGAAUAGUAAUUCCACUAACGAUGACAUCGAAGGGCGAGAGUCUUCAGUUUCACAAAACGAGUUUGCAUCGGAUGUUGAAAUGUCUGGAAUGGAUGCAACUGACGCGAUAGGGAGCCAAGACAAUAGAACGUCGUCAGAUUUGGACAACUCUAACGAUGGAGAAGUGGAAGAUAUGAUAAGGAAUUCUUUUCACAAGUCUGAUCACAAAAGGCAAAAGCUUAAAAGUAAAGAUACAGAAUCACGCAGUGGUAGAAGUACGUCGUCUCUUCUCAUGGACUUAACGGAAGGUAAAUCUUACAUGCCGUCAUCUGUAAGCAUCACCCCCAUUGGGACCACAGGUUCGACCACAUCGAGAUCUGAAUCCGGUUCUAGUAUAUCAUCAAUGUUGUGUCUAGAUCGUCGUCCAGGUAUUGAAAUAAUACCUAUCACUGCAGCGGCCCCAGCGGCUCUGCCGAGUUCAAUAACAAUCACUCCAAUUACAUCAAGUCAACUCAAAACGCUCGAUGACCGAAAUAGAUCUGAGAGAAAAUCUAGUAAAUCUGGCGAAGAAAGAAGCAAAGAAAAGAAAAAGAAGAGGCGAAGAGAUGAUUCAAUGGGACCCCCUGAAAAAGUACCACCGAAACAAGACCCGUUAACAAAACCUGUGUCAGUAAGCAUCAAACCCACGGAUGGGUCUCCGAUGCGACCGACAUCCCCAAACUCUCUCUUAAGAAAAUUUAGUCCGAGUCCGACUCAUGGUAGAUCAGUAUCGAUAACUAAGUCGCCAAGCCCAAGCAGCGUUAAAAGUAUGGGAAAGCCCUCCGGUACCUCUAGUCACCACAGCAGCCCACGACACUCGCCAGUUCAAAAUAGUCCAAAACAUUUACCAGGUUAUUCGAGUCCAAAAAACCACAGCAUCUCUUCCCCUAAGCAUAGUUCUUCGGGGUCUGGAAAACCCAGUAUGUCUGCUUUAAAGUCAGCUACUAGUGGCUCCCCAUCUGGUAAAUCGGGAACUACAGGAUACGAUCUUUCAAAAAAGCUCUCUAAGGAAAGUUAUGGAUCUAGUUCUUUAUCCUCAAGAGACAAGGAAAAGAAACAUUCCAGUUUGUCUUUUUCUAGUUCUGAUAGGAGUAGUCCUAAAUUAAAAAACCCUGUAAAGUUAAAACAACUAGAAAUAACUCCGGUUUCUUGUGACAGUCCUGUCACCGAACCAUUGAUUUCUCCGCCCAACAUCGAAGUAAACAAGUCCAAUGCCCCAAGUCAGGCUAGAAAUAGAAAAGGUUCACUCAGUGCUGUGAUAGAUAAAUUAAAAUCUGCUCAACAUUGCGGGACAGAUACUGAACUCGGCGGAACAAAAUCGAAUAGUUCAUCAAACAGUGCCAAUAAGUUUUCAGAUCCAAAAAACAGUAUAUCUGGAAGUACUAAAACCAGUGAAAGUAAAAAUCAAGAAUAUAUGGUGAAGCCGAGUUUGGACGGUAUGAAGAUUACUAUUAAUAAAACGAGGUCAAAAGAGUCUAGUAGCAGUUCCAAAUUAAAUUAUAGUAGUUCUAAUACCAGCAAGCAAUCGUCACCUCAAUUAACCCCACCGAGCCAGGGCUCGCCUAAAACCCACACAGGACUAAAGCCCGGUGUGAUAAGUGGCCCAGCUUCAAAAAAAACACAGGCUUUACAGUCCUCGAAGUCAAGCAACAUAACGUCAAGCUCCACGCCGCCUAAAGCAAACAUGAGUCCCUCAGAUUCGUCUUCUAGCAGUGGCAACAUGCCUAAAGUGCCUUACUCGAAAUCGUCCAGCACUAGCAAUGCGGGAAUAAAUUUAUCCAAAUCUGCCUCUAAAUCAAGCUCAGGAUCUCCAAAAAGUAGCAGUACUGAUUUAGCCAAAAUAAUAAGAGACAGAGAACGAGAAAAAGCUAGAACGAAAUUAAUGAGCAAUUCUGAAAAGUCAAUAUUUUCGUCUAAAUCCGAAAGGCACUCUAGCCCCAGCGGGUCAAAAGACGACGUGGAUGGGGAUAAAUAUAAAUCUAAGGAAGCCAACUUCUUAGUAGAGGGCUUGAUCAAACCGCUCGACAGGGGAUUUCAGAUACCGAAAUUAAAAAAUCAAGGCACUCCAGACAAAAACAGUCCGAUGUCCCAAUAUGACGGUCGAUCUAUGGUUAACGAUUUCUCGAGAGGGUUAGAACAGAACAAAUAUCCUUUCGGCCAUUUCGACAACCCCAAUUCUAGGUCAUCGGAUAUAACAAAAUCUGCAUAUCCUCUGAACGUUCCUAAGCCUCUACUAAACAUGGGAGGUUCGAGUCCAAAGUUGGUCCCAACAGCCAAAGUGGAUCCAUCAGAAAGACCUAUCGAAUUCGCCAAAGCGAUGGCGGAGAGUCUGACGAAAGGCGAAAGUCCGCAGCGGAAGGAAGAUUCUAAAGACUACCCGGGGUCUUAUCCGAUGAUGCCGUUGGAUUUUAAAACCGACAUGGCGAAAGGGUUCCCGGCUCCGAAGGGCAGCUCAGAAGAUAGGAAGGGCGCGGAUUCUGGGAUGAAGCCGCCGGCGAGCGGGUCUGUGCCGCGGAGUGGAGCGACUACUCCCCAAGAAGCGGCGGAAAUGUUAUUAGACUUUUCGUCGUCUUCAGGCAGUAAGGUAUCGGGAGUAGUUGCGGUACGGCCCGUAUACCCGCAGUCGCCAGCGCUAGCAUUGCAGCUAGCAAAGAGCCCGGCGCCGUCACCACUAGUGGUACCUUCGCCCCACUCCAACUCUCCCGGCAUCACUGACGACGAACUCAUGGACGAGGCGCUCGUCGGGCCCGGCAAAUGA